AUGACAAGAGGCCCCAAGUUGGCGGCACUUAUCUUUACGGCCAUAGUCGCUGUGUUUUUGCUCGUGAGCCGCAGCGGCGGAACAAGGUAUGAUGCUCUUAAUAUGACUCUGCUCCACUUGGAGGACGGGUAUAUCCUAUAUUUCCAGCCCGACCCCAAGUAUACGGGUCCUGAGGCCAGCGUAGAAACUUUGAGCAAAUUCGCCGACGAAUACACGUCAAUAGUUGAGCGGAUGCUUGACGGCCUUGUUCUUCAAAAGUUCGACACGCUCAUGUACGGCUUCAGCUUUCGGUUGGAACACACAAAGAAAGUGCAAGAGGCUAUUGGUUCUGAAAGCGUGCCGCAAGACGUGGUGGGAACCACAGAUGACCGGCUCUUCAGGUAUUUGAACCUACUCAAGGCAAAAGACAUGACACGAUAUGGGGUCAUGAUGAAGUUGGAACGGGACAAAACAUUGAACACGCAGGGUGAAGCGGGCAGCGCUUAG